UCUAGUUGCCGGCCGGCCAGCUUAAUUAGCAUAUGUAGUUUCCAUUGAUUUUGUACAUAGGUAUCUAUACUUUCCUCGCAACAAGAUAGCGCAUCGAUCGAUCCAUGAAGAGCUUCCUUCUCCGGGCAGCUGCUCGCCGGCAGCCGCGGCACGACGAGGAGGAGGGGGCAGCGUCGUCGUCGUCGGAUCCACCGCCGUCUCCAUGUCCUCCCCCGAAGGAGGAUCCGGAUGGGGCACCGCCACCGCUCUGCACUAGCAAACAAGUCAUCGUCGUCGAUGAUGGCACUGACGGCGGCGAUCUAGCCGCGGCGAACGGCUCUGGCCUGGCGGAGAAGCGGCAGUCAACGGCGGCAGCAAAGCAGCAGGCGUGGUGGUGGUGGUGGUCGUCAGCGCCGACGAGGGGCGUGGGGGUGGGGCUGGGGCUGGUCGUCGCCGGCCUCGUCUUCGUCGCCUUGCUCGCCGGCACCACCAUCCGCCGCCUCGACUACUACUCAUCGGCCUUCCUGCUCGGCGGCGGCCGCGGCAGCAUCAGGCGGCCUCAUCACCACGUCCCUUCAUCUGUGGCAAACCUCGUGCCCGUACCCUUCAACUGCGGCGGCAACGAAACGCACCCCUCCUCCUCGCCCCUGUCACCAGGAACAUGUCGUCGUCGUCACGCGGCUGCAGCAUCGCCGUCGCCAUCACCGUCACCGUCGCCAUCAGUAGAACCGAGGUCUUCGUCCUCCGAACGCGGACGGCCAGCUCCUCCUCGGUGCCCUGACUACUUCCGCUACAUCCACUCGGACCUCUCGCCAUGGCGCGAGGCGGGAAUCACGCGGGAGGCGGUGGAGCGCGGGCGCGGCCGCGCGGCGUUCCGGUUGGUGGUUCUGGGCGGCCGCGCGUACGUGGAGGCGUACCACCGCGUGUUCCAGACGCGGGACAGCUUCACGCUGUGGGGCAUCGCGCAGCUGCUUGCGCGCUACCCUGGCCGCGUCCCGGACCUGGACCUCAUGUUCAACUGCGAGGACAUGCCCGAGCUGCAAGCCGCCGACUUCCCCCGGCCGUCCGAGGCGCCGCCGCUGUUCCGCUACUGCAAGGACGACGCCACGCUGGACAUCGUGUUCCCGGACUGGUCCUUCUGGGGCUGGCCCGAGGUCAACGUCCGCCCCUGGGCGCCGCUCCUCCAGGAGAUGGACCGCGAGACCCGCCGCCUGCCGUGGCCGGAGAGGGAGCCCUACGCGCACUGGAAGGGCAACCCCGGCGUGUCCACCCAGCGCGCCGACCUCCUCCGGUGCAACGUCUCGGACAAAAUGGACUGGAACGCGCGCCUGUUCAGGCAGGAUUGGAACGCCGCCAUCCGAGGCGGGUUCAAGGACUCCAACCUGGCGAAGCAGUGCGCGUACAGGUACAAGAUCUUCGUGCAGGGGCGGUCAUGGUCGGUGAGCGAGAAGUACAUCCUCGCCUGCGACUCGCCCAUGCUGCUCGUCGCCACGCCCUACAAAGACUUCUUCUCCCGGGGGCUCGUCGCCGGCAAGCACUACUGGCCGAUCGACCCCGCCCGCAAGUGCCCGUCCGUCAAGUUCGCCGUCGACUGGGGCAACGCCCACCCGGCGCAGGCGCAGCGAAUGGCCGAGGAGGGUAGCAGCUUCGCUAGGGAGGAGAUGAGCAUGGACUACGUCUACGACUACAUGCUGCACCUGCUCACUGAGUACGCACGCCUGCUCCGCUACAAGCCGACAAUUCCAGAGAGUGCCGUCGAGCUCUGCCCCGAGUCCUUGGCGUGUGCCGCGCAAGGCCGCGAGCGGCAGUUCAUGAUGGAGUCCAGGGAGAGGUUCGCCGCCGAUUACGAGCCCUGCACGCUGCCUCCACCGUUCACCGCAGGUGAACUCAGGGACAUGGCCCGCAGAGAGGAAGAAGUCCUCAGGAAGGUGAAAAGGAUGGAGAAACAUAGCUAGCUUCGACAAAUUUAAGCAGUAUAGCUAGCUGUAGAUAUCAGAAGGCUCGUGUGCCCAAAAUUGAUCCCUUCGUUGCUGAACCAAAUUUAACCUUACUGAUCAAAUUUUUGGCUUCCUUA